AUGGAAGAGCUCAGCAUAGCGCCCCACACAUGGGCCUACAUUCUCAGUACGGGCGCGAUUUCACCUCAGGAUCUGGAAGGUCUGUUCUUUGGGUUCAGUCCUGGACACGUCUGCAGCUUCCGCCUCCUUGGCGGUCCUGGCAGUGGCACAGACAAGGAGGCGGCCGUGCUUUCCCAGUGUGCACAAGAGGUUGUGGCAGACCAAAUGCGGCACGGCUUUCAGCUACUGGGUUGGUGCUCAAUCCGACGCGGCGCCAUUGCAAAGUUUACUGUGGAGGAAAACAACCUCCACCAGGCCGUGAAGACAGCUUCCGAGGCCAUGGCCGGUGAGACGGAGUCCACAUUUGCAGGCUGUGUGGUGGGACGCCAGCGGCCGAAAGAGGCAGGCAAAUUCAUGCAGGCAGGAGUAGCCUUUGGGCCCACGAAGAAGCGGCUGCGGAUCUCGGUGCGGCAUUUGUCGGCAGGCACUCCUCCGUCUGCUGAGCCAGUGACAGGCGAGCUGAAAGAGCUGUUGGCCGGAUGUGCUGCAGAUCUGCAAAAAGAUGUGGGCGAUCUGGACAAGGAAGUCAAGGCAGCACUAACAGAAGUGGAGAAGCUAGCGGAGAAGCAAGUUGUUCCACAGGUGAAGCGCCUGCGCGCGGCACAGCUUUCGGCGGGGCCUGCGCAAAGCAGCAGCGCGCACGAAGCAAAAAGGCACUGUUCCUCCUGGGAAAUGUUGGUGACAGACCUGCUGAAGGCCGAAAUCAUCGACUUGGCACGAACUGCGUCAGCGCCUUGGCUGAUGCGUGGAAGGCGACAAGGCAUUACGAGCGCAUGCUCACAGAGCCUCCAACGCCAGGAUCAGAGCCAGGACCAGCUCUUCGCCAGGAGUGCCUGGAGGAGGAAAAUGCCCAGCUCACGCAUGAAAAUGCGCAGCUGCGAAGACAACUGGCGGAAGCUCUGCGGGAAGUGGAGUCGCUACGCCACGCCCAGGCGGCGGAUCGCCUCCGCACCCGGCUGGCUAAACGUCGAUCUUUGGGAGUGGGUCUUUUCCGAAGACGAAGUAUUUAAUGUUUGCACUGGUGGUAUUGUUGCCCUUGUUGCGGCCGCCGUGACCCAUCAAGGGAUGAUCCGGAUGACUUUCUUUUUCGGGGCGACCGCCCUGACUCACAGAUUCGCAGCAGCAUUCCAAUCUGCAAACACCAUCGACACUGAUGAGCAGAUUUCGUUUGACGGGCUUCCGACUCAGGGUGAGAUCUCGCCUGAGAAGAAGACAGGCGCAUGCCUCUUCGGCGCUAAAGCCCUUUGCAACGGACGCUUUGUGGUUGGCUUGGCGACCCUCCCGGUGGAGCGUGUGGAAAAUGCGGAAACAAGCCACCUGUGGGUCUUCGGAGUCCUUGCAUGGGGCCUGGCCCAGUGGCAGUUCUUUGCCAAGCUGGCUUGGCGUGCAUCGAAGCAUUGCACAGUCCUCACAGUCAGCUGGCGGCUGCCGACUUUCCAAGUUGACGACCUUUUCCUUGGUUACUUAGAUGUAGAGGAGAUUGUUGAUGACUUCCUCUUCCGUGGUGGACGUCCCCGCUUGGAACACCGUGUUGGCUUCUCAGCGAGAAGGUCCGUCACAGUCUUCAAGUCGAGCGUCGGCGAUCCACAGCACGAGACCUCCGUGACCACAAUUUCAAUUUCAGAUGAGGAGAGUUCAGCCUUGUCUGCGGCACUUGAGCGAUUCGAGUUGCUGGAGGCAGCACGCCUCGUGAACGGCAAAGUGGUCGCGGAAGAACAGCACCAGGCCGUCCAAGAAGCAGGUGGUGUGGACAGGUUGCGCACCGUUGCCGCUCAGUACGAGGCAGAGCUUACCUGCCAAACUGCCAUUGGUUUCUCGAGGGAGCAUGGAGACAAAGUCAUGUACUUCGAGCCUGACAACUUACAGAAGUCUCAUAUGGCAUCUCUUGAAAAGAUCUCCAUUGCCCCGUCCAAGAUGCCUGUCUUCGGAGCGUUGCCAGAAUACGACUUCGAAUAUGGCCUGGAGCUGCAGAGUCAAUCUUUCAUGCUGGUGGUAGUUGUUACGGUUGAUGUGAAGCGCAAGACUCCUGAGGAUGGUGUCGGAGUGAAGACAGAUGACGUUCUUCGUCGCAACUGGCUCAUUCCGGAGCAGCAUUCGCCGUAUGACGUCCGAAGCUCAGAGCCUCAGGCCUGGGUGACUGAGGUUUUGGCGACGGAUGAUGAUCAGCCCUUUGGGGCGACAUUGCCGCCCGUGGAUGCCGGUCAUGUACGCGCUGCAGAUGUCAUGAAGUUCACUGCGCUCACUGGUGACCAUGAGCAAGGCAGGGACGGCUUCACGUUGAAGGUGCGACAUGUUUUGACCGUGUACCCCGGAUCAUUGAGUAUGGCAUUGAUGCGUUUUAUGCCGAAAUGGGGCCUGCGGAAAGCGUUGGGCUCAGCUUUGGAGCGCGCCGUGCGGUUGACAACGUCCGUGUUGACAAACAAGGAGCACCUUCGAGAGACCUUGGAAGUCUUGAAGACUUUUCGCUACCAGGGCCAGGAGAAGAAGCCGUGGUUGGACGAAGACGGAAAGCUCAUCUGGUCUACAACAAGGCUUCGCGUGGCCAACGUAGUGCUAAGCCAAAGCUUCGAGAUGCUCAUGGGAUGCAUCAUCCUCGUCAAUGUCGUUGCCAUCAUCAUUGAGGCAGACACAGAUGCUAAAUGUUAUCCCGAGUACUUUCAGAACUACCAGUCAUGCCCCACAAGAAGUGGAACAAUUGCGUGGCUCAUGGCUUUGAACAUCACCUUACUUAUCAUCUACUUGUUCGAGUGCGUCGCACGAAUCUACGUGGAACGGGCCAGCUUCUUCUGCAACAAGUGGAACAUGAUAGACUUCACUACCGUCUUCCUUGGAUGGCUUAGCAUCGUGCUGGCAGCUACCACGGCAUCGGUGGUUAAUCUAGGUCUAUUCCGGCUGUUGCGCCUUGUUCGAGUAUUCAGGGCUAUCCGCAUCUUGAUAGCCAUCCCAGAGUUCUAUAUGCUGGUGACUGGCCUCUACUCCGCGAUCAAGGCCAUCUUCUUCGGGUCGGCGAUGCUGGUGCUGGUCAUCAUAUUUUGGGCUAUUGCAGCUGUGGAAAUGUUUCAUCCAAUUCUAGCAAACUUCUCACCCAGCGUUUGUGAAUCAUGCCGAACAGCCUUCAGCAACGUCUUUGACGCGUCAUGCACUCUCUUCCAGCAGAGCCUGAGCAGCACAAUGACGGCUUUACAAGAUGUUGCCUCCAUGAUCGUUGCUGGAGACGCCUGGGGAGAAGUUUCCCAGCCGCUUUUGGAGGCACGUUCUUGGACUGCAAUCCCUCUCUUCCUCAUCGUUGUGACCAUCUCCUUGGGUGUCCUCAAUUUGAUUUUGGCCGUCAUAGUCGAAAGUGCAGCUGAAGCGAGGGAGAAUGAUGUCGAGCAAAAGGUGAAGCAAAAGGAUGCCGAACGAGGCAGAAACAUGGUAGAGCUGGCAGUUCUCUGCGCAGAUCUUGACACAGACGGGAGCGGCACGGUCUCCCCACAGGAGAUGCUUCAUGGCUACGACAACAUGCCAGACUUUAAGCGGCUCAUGGACCAAAUGGAUAUCAAGCGGGACGAAAUGGAGCUUAUCUUUAAUGUGCUGGAUUCGGACUGCAGUGGAAACGUCUCCUACCUUGAGUUUUGUAAAAACCUUGGGAGUUUCUUUAAGCGUGAUCCCGUCAUCAUGAACUCUCUGGUCCAGUGCUCCAUUCUGGACUUGAAGAAACUGGUAAAAGAACAAGUUGCUGCCGUCAUGAAGCAGCAGCACGACGAGACGAUGCGUGAACUUCGAAGGAUGUUCACAACCUUGAGCCCUCUCCGAGGCCUUUCUACUCCAGCACCUGCGCAAGUUCACAACAUGGAGAUUAUGGUUCCGGAGCCCAGGAGACCAGAAACUUUGCAGACAAUCGAGCGUAUUGACGAUGAGCUCCAGCCACUUCUGGCAAAGGUCGAAACUCUGGCAGCAGAGCUUGAAGAUGCGAACCCAUGGAACUCAUGGAACGGAAGCGACGUGGGCUCCAGCGAAGUAGAGAAGAGCAAGCUGGACGCAGCUGUCGCCUACGAGCUUGUUGGAGAUGGCGGGGUGGGCGACCUGGCCCAGACGCCCGCCAGCCUGACAGAUUUGGACGCGCGUUAUGCGACAUUGUGCAAUAGGCUUCAAAGUCGAGUGGAUGAGGCAGAAUUAUUCCGAAGCAGGCUUUGUUACGCAAUCCAAUACUUGAGCGCACAAGUGAGAUCUGACAAAGUCGGUCCUGUGCAACCAGUGCUCUUGACACAAGUAUAG